UGCGCAACUUUAUGUUACAUUACCAAUUCUCAGAAGAUACACAAAAAACCAGAAACAAAGAUUAAAGCUUAAAGAUAUUAAGAAGUUAAUUGGGCAUAUUCGGAAACAUUUUGGGUUGUGAGAUUAAGUAAUCUCAAUUUAAUUGAUUCUAAAAAACUUAGAAAAGAUUCUAACGUUACUUCAAAAUAGAAACAUGCUCUUUUUAAUGAUAAUUAUUAGAAAAAAAGUCCAACAUACCGUUAUCAUAACCAAAAACGACAAGUAAGCUCGAAAUUACCUCAUUAUGUUCGCGUUAUGGUACGGUAGUCGCCAUCGGUUAUAUGGGUAACCAGAUCGAAAGUACAGUUGCGCACUUAACAUACUGACUCGUUUAGGUGUAAUAAGUAAAUCACUCCCGUCUUGAAAGCUUCGAUUUAAGACGGGAAUCAGCGUAGAACGUGGAAAAAAUAUAGACGCGAUCAUAGAUUAGGUCAAUUAAAAUCUCAACCAACACGAUUCUUACAACAGCAAAAGAAGAGGUCCUGGUACCGGUGUUCAAGACAUCAAACCACGAUGGAUUGGUCGAUAUAGGUACAGUUAGACCAGUUGACGUUGGUGUAUGAGCCCAUAGACAUUAGUACCGUUCAAUCCACAGACAGAAACUUAUUACCAACGGGAACUUCUUUUACAAGUUCAAAAAUUUUUACAUAAAAAACGUAUAUUCGUUGUAUAGAAAGCGAAUUCUUUCAUUCCUUCCACAUAAGUUCACUACCAAUGCGCAAAUUCGAGGUAAUCAUCUUGGAUGAGGAGUGAAACCUUUCGGAACGCCGAAAGAGAGGCGCGAGGAAACGACCGCGGACGUGGAAAGGAACGGACCGUCGAAGAACAUUCCGUGUCCGCUAACCAAAAGUGUUACCACGCGCGAACCGAGAUCGUCGAUGCGAGUCUGCAAGCUAAGUUCAAGUUCACUGGAACGGAGGAACAACUCUUUAGAUUCUCCCGUUAAAUACGCGAUUGUUAACCAGCUUAUGUUACGAUGUUUGAACAAGAAUCGGCAAUAAGAAGAUAGUGUUUUGGCAAAUUUAAAUAUCGUUUAAAUCUUUUUGGUAUUUGAAGAAAAAGGCUUCAAAUAUGGAACUUAAAGCAAUAGUCUUAAUGAUAGUGAAAAUAGUAAUUUCGAUUCCCACGUUAGCCGUUUUGGUUCAAAGGGUGGAAUCCGCAACAUUAAUGGGUGGCCAUUUGGAUAAUGGAAGUAAAAGUAACAAUUUUACUAAUUUGUUGCUCGAAGAAAUUGAUCAAACGGCACUCGCAGAUAAUCACAAAAAUUAUAAAACAACGGAAACGCCUCCAUAUAACGCAGAAACGAUUCCAGAUCCCUCACCGCUAGUUGUUCCGGGUUAUAAUCUUCCAGAUAAUUUAUUUAAUAAAGGAAAACCGUUUUAUUUAGAAAAGAACCCAGAAACAGGCGAAUUAGAUUUUCCAAUAAAACCGCAAGAUGAAGACAACCAAGAUGAAUACGAAUAUUACGAUGAAAAUCCAAACACAGAUAUUUUUGAUAAAUCAAAUAUUGAUAGAAAAGAUGGAAACAUUGCAAGUCAUAAAUACAACGAUGUAAAUCAAUUAACUCCGAAUUUUCAUGAUUUUUUACCCAUUAAAUAUAAUCCAGAAAAAUAUGUUUAUCCAUUAAUUUCAAGUUCAUAUGCGAAUACGAAAGUUCAAGGAAACGUUAAUCGAUUUCACAAUCACAAAGAUUACACCGUGACAACUUAUAAACCAACAAAAACUCCAACUUAUCUUUCUACAAAAUAUUCUUAUUAUGGUAUUGAAGAAAGAACAACAACCACCACAGAAAAACCAACGAUGACUACAACCCCGACCCCUACAACUUCAAAAAUAGCAUCCUACACUACAUCUUCUCCAACGACAACAGAAGAUGUUUAUUUAACGACGACACAAAAGAAUUUAAUGAAUAGCCCGAUGAAUCAUCCGAGUUUUCAAGAGGAUUACUCAACGGAAAAGAAAGCAGUCGAUGAUAUCUUUUUAACAACGACUAAAAGACCUUUAAGUAUAUUUGAACAAUUUUUCGGAUCAUUCGAUGAUAUUGAAACGACAUCUAAGAAAAUUGAUGAAGAUAUUGAUUAUAACAUUAACGGACACGCUGGUCCUUACAACCCAAACGUUUUAACCGGCUCAAAUAUGGCCCAUUACGAAUAUGAAUACGAAGACGGUGUCGCCGAUAAUAUUGCAGUUGAAAAUCAACCAAUACUAACUCAAAUUAAAACAAACAUUGAAACUACUAGCAAAGAAACGACAAAAUUAAUAACGGAAAAAUCAACAACACCAAAAAUAAUAACAUCAAAAGAAACUACAACUCCUUUAAUGACAACUCAAAAAAUAACGACAACAACAUCAACCACGACAAACACGCCUUUAACGACUACACCAAUUACAACGACAACAACCACACAAAAAGCGAAGGUGGUGUCAAAAAUUCCUGAAUCAAACUCAAAUUUAAACCCAACCCAAAAGAAAACAUACAUAAAGCCCACUACUUUACAUCCUCCUUUUACACAAAAAGUAACAUCAAUGCCUUUAGGUGAUUAUUACAAUAAUCAACCGAUUAUUGUGGCCACACAAAACUUAAGGGAUCAAUUAAAUAGCGAAAAAGUCCCAAAACCAUUUGAAUCCCCAAGAAUUCCUCCCGCACCGAGUAGUUCAAAUAUAAGAAUACCCGCCGAUCAAAACACGGUUUCUUUCGUAAUCGGAAAUCAACAAAGUGUAGGAAAUGAAUACGCUGGUUUUAAAGAAAGUCCCUUUGAUAAUAAACCAUUUAGACCGGUUUAUUCCGAUUAUGGAGAUACGGCAAGUUACCAAGUUCAAGCUAGUAUUAAUAUGAAACCGCAACAAGGAUACAAUAUAGGUGCAAGUUCGAUUAUGCAUCCAAUAAAAAAUUCUGAAACUUCUUUAGCCAUUGGUGUUCCAUUGGAUAUGAUUCAAAAGAAACCGGGUCAAGUCGUUGAUGAUUCAUUGGAAAUUCAUAACGCACAAAUUGAGUUUCCCAAAGGAAACGGGCCGAAAAUUGUAUUUCCAGAUGAAAGAAACGAAGAAAAAACACCAUCGACUUUAAAACCGGAAGAAAACGAAAAUGUUCAAAUUAAUUUUAAAACCACCGAAAGUCAAAAUACCCAAAAUCAAGAUCAAGAUUUCAGAAAUCAAGAUUUGCAAAAUUUUAAAACCGAUUCGACUUCAACGACUGCCUUACCAAAUAAUAAUAAUAACAUAAGAAAGCAUUAUAAUAAUAUUCAUCAAAUUAAUAGAGAAGUUCUAAAAUUGAAUUCUAAGCCAAUGUUGCAUCAACUUCCGAGUGAUUUAACUCCGCCGAGUGAACCAGUUACUAGAAUUCAUUUGAAUCGGGAAAGACCACCUUGGGAUCCAAGACCUGGACAUUUUCAUUCUGGAAGGCCUGAAUAUGCUCGACCACCAAGACCGAAUGACGUUUAUAAAAGAAUUGAUAAUCUUCCUAAUAUUCUUCCACAAUUUAGACCUAAUGUAAAACCACAACAUUAUUUUGAUCAUCAUCCAGGAAAAGGAUAUCCAAGACAACCACUAUUAGAUAGACCAUCUAAUCGUCCAGUUGGAUUUUUUGAAAAACUCCAACCACCGCCACCACCUAAACAUCUCCAUAACCUAAGAAAAAUCCCUCAACUUGAACAAUCUUCACCAUCACCACAACAAUUACAACAACAUCAACUUCACCAACAACUCCAACAGCAACUUCAACAACAACAGCAACUGCAACAACACCAGCAACUUCAACAACAUCAGCAACAACUUCAACAGCAGCAGCAACAAUUUCAGCAACAACAUUUGCAACACCAACAAUUACAGCAACAGCAAGAAAUAAAAUCAAGAAAUCCAUUACCGAUAGCUGAAGAUCGUAUAAUGAAUAAGAAAACAACUCCUGAGCAAUACAUGUUUUAUCAAACACCCCCAAAAGUCGUUUUAGCACAAAGAAGAAAUGGUGAUCCUGAUGUAGAAGUUGAAACACUUCAAAUGAUUCAAGCAAAACAAGAAAAAUUAGAAAAAUCAAAAGAUGAACCUGUAACCGCACCUUUAGAUACAUCCUUAGAUUUAGAUUUGGAUAAAGAAAAACCGCUUUAUGUAGUUUAUCCCGUAAAUGCCGCACCAGUAAAAUUAGAUGAUUUAGAUAUGAAUAAAAAAGAAAGUGUUGUGAUUGGAAAAAGAGCCGAAUUACCUUUACCACCAUCUCAAAUUCAAGAUUUUGAUCAAUCGGAAUUUAGCGUGAUUGAAAGGCAUGAAUCGCCGAUUUUAAAACCGCAUCCAAAACCGGGUUUUCCGAGUAAAACUGAUUUUCCGUAUCCUUUAGAAAGACCCGAUCCGUCUUUAUUAAGUGCCCCAGAUAUCGGAAACAACAUCGAUAAUUUACCUAAAUUUGAAACGAACGAUUGGGAUACGAUUGAUGAUGCUGAAGAGAGAGUGGUUAACUCAAAAAAUCAACAAAUUUCGGUUAAAUUAAAAACUUAUACGGAAAAACCGAUUGCUGUGGCUUACACACCAACUGAACCGCAUAGAACAGAAAAAUAUUCCGCUCCUAAUUACGCAAGUCCCGUUAUUCCGGAAAUAAGAAACAGCGAAAUUACAGUAAGCGCGGUGAUGCAUACGAAUCCAAAAAAUGAACACGAUGUUAAUUUAAAAAGUCAAAUUUACCAUGAUAAAUAUGUAACGAAACCGGAUAUAAUAGAAGAUGAUACUCCUAAUAUUCCAAAAUUAGAUUUCCAGGCACCAUUCCAAGCGAGUGUUAACGUCGAUAGUAUGGCUAGUAAUGGAUGGUCUGUUGUUCGAGAUAGAAAUAAACAGGAGGAAAUUGAAACUACAACCCAACCUAUGAUUACAACCAGCAAAUUUGAUAUCGAAAAUUUUAAUCCACCUUUAAUCGGCGGAUUUAAACCGAUUUAUGAUUUUCCUGAUGAUGAUUCUGAAAAAGAAACAGAAAUUAAAGAGAGGCAAGAAUAAUUAAUUAAA